AUGAGGAACGUCUCCACACCCUUAAAGACAGUGGGCUAUGGGCGUUGCUUCUCAAUUGCUGCUGUGCUACUAGCUGCUGGAACUCCAGGCCAUAGGUCUGCAUACGAGAAUGCCAGACUGAUGAUUCACGAACCCAGUUGCUCCUACCCGAAGCUAUCAGCGUCUGAUGUCAUCUUAAAGGCAGAGGAGCUUCGACACACAAAGGAGACUCUAGAGUUUGUCCUCAGUGUCCUGACGGGCAAACCUAAAGCUGAUAUCGUCGAUGCCGUUGCACGGGACAGAUAUAUGUCUGUCCAGGAGGCAAAAAGCUUUGGCCUGCUGGACACCGUCAUUAGCAGAGGUGGUGUCAAAGCUGAAGUGCCACCAGAGGACACUGAGAUGGCAGGAACAUCCGCCAAAGAGUGA